GUUUGUUUCGAUUUUUGUUUUGAUCGUUCCAUUUCUCGAUCAGGUACAUGCAUCUGACCGUUCCAUUUCCCGAUCGAACAAACUCUUGCACCUCAAUCCCACCAAAACCCCGCCGCCGCCGGUGACUCCUGCCACGCGGAUCUACUGUCGCCGCCUCCACCUCCCGCCGCCGCCGUCACGUGCCCGGGAGAGAUUGGUUUGUUGGUGGAUUGAAGAAGAAGCAAGAAGUGAGGGGGGAGGGAGCAACGGGAACAGGCUCCACCGCGACAGAAUCAAGCGAGCAUGGAUCUCUCGACAGAGAAGAUAAGCAGACUCAUCACCAAGGUGGCCAGUCUCCAGGAGGACUACGUGCACAAGGAUCUCUCAGCGGGCCUGGAGAUGAUGCGCGCCGCCCUCGAACCGAUGGACCAGGUGCCCAGAGACCAGCUCACGGAACUGGGCAAGGUCAUGGAGCAUGUCCGGGAGCUGUCCUACGACAUGGAGCAUGUCAUCGAUACCAUCCUAUUGUGCGUGCAGGAGGGCCUUGAGCAGCACACUAACCCUGCCAGGUUCAGACGCCUCCUGGGGAAGAUGGGCAGCUUCUUCAGCAUGACCAAGGCCGAGAGGCUUCACCGCAAAAGAGUUGGCCGACACAUCGAAGAGCUCUUGCAACGCGCAAUGGUGAUGCAACAACCGUGUGAUCUUUACCGCGUGAUUGAUCUUAGUAGUAUAUUACGUAGGCAUGCCGCAACAACAACAAGAGAUGUGCUUAUAGGCCUGCCGCAUUAUUGGAAAGUGCCAGAGCUGGUUGGCAGUAGCGAGCGAAGAGAUGUGCUUAUAGGGAUGCUAUCCGUAGGGGAUGACGACCCGUCCAACAACAAGAUAAAGGCACUCUCGGUUGUUGGACAUGGAGGAUUGGGCAAAACAGCUCUUGCCCUAACACUGUAUCAGGAGCUUCGUCCACAAUACGAUUGUGCGGCUAUUAUUCAUGUCGGCCAAUAUCCUGAUUUGAAGAAAGUUUUGAUCAAUCUUCUCCUUUGUCUUGACACGCAAAGGAAUAAAGAUGAUUUCAAUUUGAGUGAAUUGGAUGAAGACCAGCUCAUUGAGGAACUUCGAGAAUUCCUCGCAAACAAGAGGUACUUUCUUGUAUUUGACGAUUUAUGGGAUUCAGAAAUAUGGAAAAUUAUAAAUACUGUCUUGAUCGAAAAUAGCAACGGCAGUGCAGUUCUAACGACAAGUCGCACAGUUGAUAUUGCUGAAGACUUUGAUUUUAUUUACAGAUUACAGCCUCUUUCAGAUACUGACUCUAGGAAAUUAUUCUACAAAACAUUAUUUGGUUCUGAAGUCAAGUGUCCCUCUACACUGGCGGACAUUUCUGAAAAGUUAAUAGCAAAAUGCGGUGGAAUACCAUUGGCCAUCAUUGCUCAAGCGAGGUUGCUGGCAAGUAAGCCAUUGACAAUGGAAGACUGGCAUGCAGUGUAUGACUCUUUUGGUUACGAAUUUGAACAAGGUCCAGAUAGUGUGAGAGGGAUAUUAUCUUAUUCUUAUAAUGAUCUCCCUGCCCAUUUAAGGUCCUGCCUUUUGUAUUUAAGCAUGUUUCAAAAGGGCUACGAGAUCAGUGGAGAGCGCUUGGUAUGUUGCUGGAUAGCUGAAGAUUUCAUCCCCGAAACUGGAGGACAAAGUUUGCAGGAAGUAGGAGAGUGCUACCUCAAUGAGCUCAUAAACAGAAAUCUGAUUGAGCCAGUGGACGUUGGUGCUGGCGGUAAGAUUCUGUCUUGCCGUGUGCACGACUUGGUGCAUCAAUUGAUAAUCUCACUCUCAACCGAAGAUAAUUUUGUUACCAUUUUAGAUGGUUGUCAAGGCAUAUCAUUACCACAUAGAGUUUGGCGGCUAUCCAUCCAUGGAAAUAGUAUCCAGCACUCCUUGUCGCCAAUGCGCUUGUCCCAUGUGAGGUCACUUGUUGUUUCUGGUGAUACAAUGCCAUCCCUAUCAGAUUUUCACGGUCUACGUGUUUUAGAUUUAGGGGGGUGUGAUUCUUUGCAGGAUGAUCAUCUUAAGGGUAUUGAGAAAUCACUUCUUCUAAAAUAUCUUGCCAUAGGAGGUAAACGUAUCACUGGUAUCCCGAAACAAAUUGCCAGUCUGAAAUUACUGCAGACACUAGAUUUAAGGGCAAGUUGUCUGAAGGAAUUGCCGGAAAGUGUUUUCCAGGUAAGACAUUUGCAACGCCUAUGGGUUAAAAGUGAUAUGAAGAUACCAGUUGGGAUUGCAAAAAUGGAAGCUUUGCAAGAGCUAGGUGACAUCAACAUCAGUAAGCCAGAGUUACUGAAAGAGCUCCGCAAUCUGACCAAGUUGAGGGUUCUUAGGAUUGCCAUAUGGUCAUGGAAUGAGAGUUUGAAGAACAACGAUGAGAGUUUGAUGAGCUAUGAUGAACAACUCCUGGAGUACUUGCGUUCACUGGUGCAGAGCAGGCAAAGCAUCCAAAGUCUCUUCAUAUCAACAUGCUGCUCCCUGGAUUUCCUGAACCAGUUGGGCGCCCAAUGGUCCCCUCCAAGUCUCGAAAAGCUUGAGAUACAGCACAGUAUCUUCUACACAUCGCCAGGAUGGAUGUGCUCACUUCAGAAUCUUUCCUCAUUAUCAAUUGAGAUCGACAAGUUGUCACAGGAGAUUGUUGAUAUUCUCGGGAAAUUGCACAAUCUUUGUUUCCUCUCCCUGACAUCGAAAUAUGCCGCAGAAGGGAAGUUUGGAGUCUGCACUGAUGGAUUCCAAAAGCUAACUAGCUUUUAUUUGGCUAGUAAUGCUAUGGGAAAGAUAUUUGCACCAGAAUCUGCAGCCAUGAAAAUGCUGAAAAGGGUUAAGCUUUCAUUCCAAGCUUCACGGACAAAAGAUGUAAAUCAAGGUUUCGAUUUUGGGUUGGAGGACCUGUGUUCCCUAAAGCAUGUGGAUAUUGAGAUAAUCUGUUUCAAUGUCAGUCGCCGUGUGGUAGAAAAUGCAGAGGCUGCCAUUCGGGAAGCACUAUCCAGGGGUUGUAGUCGUUACCCAAAUCUGGAAAUACGAAGAGUUCGAGAAGAAAGUAUGAUAGAGGAUGUGAAAAAAAGAGCCGCAGAAGGAAAUGAAGAAGUGGAAAAAAGAGACGAGUUCAAGCAAGAAGAUCAGAUUUACUGCGAAAAUGCUCCGACAAAAAAGGAGAAAGGAAUUGCUAGAAAAAAAUCAGACCAUUUCUCAUUGACUCAAAAGCCACACUUUGACCCUUCACAGGGUCCUUAAUACUUCAGGUUUGCAAGAUUAGGUGUGAUUUCCUGCGCUUGAUGGGCUAAUAAGGUAAUGACGUAUUUAGGGUGUGUUUAGUUGUCCGUAUGAGUUUUUUAAUCUAUAGUGUAUAUCCUGAAUAAGUAUAAGCAGACUGAGUGGAUACAGUGAC